GUGCGAUUUUGUUUUCCCUGAUUGCUUCGGGGGCGUUGAUGUGCCGUUGAUGCUUUCUUUCUUAUUCCUCACAUGUUGGCAGGCAGAAAGGCCAAUAAUGAAUGUGACGAGGGUGAUGGGUAAUUAUUUUCUUCUCCAAACAGAAACCCUCCUUUCUCGUUCUCAAUUGCGUGCGUGGUAGAAGAACAUUAUCGGAAAGAUAAUCAUGACUUGACGCAAUGAGCUGUGUGGACGGUGAAAGAACAAGGAAGAAGAAGGAAAAACUUCUGUUUUCUUUUCCGAAGUACUUCUUGUUUCUAAUGGAUGUCUAUUUACAGCUGAAAAUAAUAAAAGAAAACAACGCCAGCUGAAAACGGUGUUGUUGGCAAAAAAACCGAAAAGAUGACUCUCGGCGUGUUGAGGGAGCGGCGCACGAGCGUUCAAACGAAAACAGCCAAACGAAACCCGUCAACGGCAGUGGGAAAGGAGAAACAAACAAACAAAACAACCCCCAACGUGUUUGUUGAUUCCGAGAGGAGGCUUUUUUCUUUUUCUGUUGUUCUGGAUAGCUCUCUGCUGUUCUAUUCCACCAUUCCGGGUGACGCGACCUUUUUUUUUCGCUGGGAAUUCGUACCCCUCAUGACUCGUGGAACUGCACGAUCUCUUCAGCGUAUGAGCCGUGUGUUGUGGCCGACGACCGCUGUUUUUGUUUUGUUUGUUUUGCGUUUGUUUUCUUACUCUUUCAAUUUCGGUCCCGUUUUUCACGCCGCCGUUUUUCCCUUCUAG